ACCGUCAUUAAACUUCAGAAGAAGGAAAAGCUUUGAACGCAUUGUGCUUGUUUUCUUGUUUAUUACAAACUGCACGAACUUCGUAUUAAAGUAAACGAAAAUGCCGCAGCUGUUCUCCUCAUUAUAAACGCGUUUCCAAACAAUCAGUGUGACACAUUGUUGUAAAGAUGGAGUUUAUUAAAGAAGAGAAUGAAGACAUCAGUAUUACACAAUCAUGCAGAAUAAAAAGUGAAGAGACGGAGGAACAAAUAGACCUGAAGGUGAAAGAGGAAAGUCAAGUACUAAAUGAAGAGGACAUGAAAUGUAACGCAGAAUCAACUGAACGAAAAAAAGUCAAAAAGCCCUUCACCUGCUCUCAAUGUGGAAACUGUUUCAUAGCCAAAAAAAGUCUUAAGUGUCACAUGAGAAUUCACACCGGAGAGAGGCCCUACACGUGCCAAGAGUGUGGGAAGAGUUUUGUUUAUAGUGGAAGCUUUGCUGUGCACAAGCGAAUUCACAAAAAAGAGAAGCUUUUCACGUGCCAUCAGUGUGGAAGGGGUUUCACAGUGAAAGAAAAUCUUAAAAUGCACAUGAGAAUUCACACUGGAGAAAAGCCUUUUACAUGCCAAGAGUGUGGAAAGAGUUUUGCACUAAAAACAGGUCUUAAGGUUCACUUGAGAAUGCACACUGGAGAGAACCCUUUUACAUGCCAAGAGUGUGGGAAGAGUUUUACACAAAAAAUAAACCUACAGACUCACAUGAGAUUUCACACUGGAGAGAGGCCAUACACGUGCCAAGAGUGUGGGAAGAGUUUUGUUUAUAGUAGAAGCCUUGAUGUGCACAAGCGAAUUCACACUGGAGAGAGGCCUUUCACAUGCCAAGAGUGUGGAAAGAGUUUUAUUUGUAAUGGAAGCCUUAUUGUGCACAAGCGGGUUCACACUAAAGAGAAGCUCUUCACGUGCCAUCAGUGUGGAAGGGCUUUUGCACGGAAAGGAACCCUUAAAAUGCACAUGAGAAUUCACACUGGAGAGAAGCCUUUCACAUGCCAAGAAUGUGGAAAGAGUUUUGCACGUAGAGAAGCACAUCGUUUGCACAUGCGAAUUCACACUGGUGAGAGACCGUUUACAUGCCAUCAGUGUGGAAAGGGUUUCAUACAGGCAAAGAGACUCAAAAUUCAUCUGUGCUCACACCUGAAAAUUCAUGCAAAAGGGAAGCCUUAAGCUGUGCCUGUGGCGUGCACAGAAGGGGGGCAGCAGGGGCGCGAGUCCCUUUCAUUCACAAAUCUAAAGGUGCACUUUCGGUCGUUCAGAAAAAGGGGAGAAUUUUUAAUAAUUAAAUUAAAAUAGUUAAAACAAAAUUAAAAUCUCAUAAUAAUAUCACAAUAACAGUAAUAAUGUGUUAUUGUGAGAUUUCUUUGUUAAAGAAAAUGAAGCGGAGGUGCCUUUAACAGCGCAUGCAACAGCAGAUCGGAGGUGGAUUCCAGUCGUAAGUGAUCCUCUUUAUGCCCUACUCUCUCCAAAGUGCAGAGCCCUUGAAGUGGGUACUCUGGAGGAAACAUGGCAUUACUGUGUGAAUUUGCCCUUCGCUAAUGUGGAAGGACCCUUCGAGAAAAGACUAAUUUUCUCACGUUCGUUUUGAAUGAGCUUUCGAGAGGCGUCCCCUCCCGCAGCAUUGCCCUUCAAGGGAGUAAUAACGCAGUUUGGAAUUCGCCCGGAACAUCGAAGUGCCGUUACCUCAGAUGAGUAACAGGUCAGAUAAAAAGCCCACUCCAUGUAUUGUGUUGUAAGUUCAUCAAAAGAAUAAAACAUGAUUGCUACCGCAUUUUUGACAUCUCACACUUGCAGUGAACACGGAUAUAUUAAUUAUAAUAGGAGUAUAGAACACAAUCAUAAACUGAAGAUGCUGUCUGGUUCAGCCAAAGCUCGUUUGGUUUUUGUUUAAACUAAUAAAUCAUAAGACUAAUCACUUUAAAAAAAAAAAAAGAAAAUACCAUGGUAUUACCAUUUUCUGGACAUGUAGUCUACCAUGAUAACCAUUCAAAACCAUAGUACCAUCUUGACAUCAUUUUACCAUGGUUCUGCCAUAUUAUUGCUGUAAGGUCCUAUAUAUUUAUAAAUAUUAAUGAUAGAAUACAGUAAAAUAACAUGAAUAUUAAAACUAAUGAAGAGAAAGUAAUAUAAGAAGUGUCAGUUACAUAAAGAGGAUGAUGAGGGACGAGUGGAAGCAGCAGAGACGAGAGAAAGUGAAAAGAGUUAUUAGACAAGAAAAACAUGAGAGCCCUAACCAAAAAGCUCUGUGCUGUUACCAGGGUAAUAACAUGGUACUGAAUGAUUAUUACAUUCAUAUGUCAUGAUACUGUCAUGGUACUCCAAGCAAGGUACUUUAAAAAAUACCAUGGUUUUACUAUGACACGUGUCAAAAACAUGGGGUUCCUUUUCGAUUACGUUCACUCAACACUGGGAGAAAUCGCUUUGGGGAUUCCUUCUCCGACUACCUAGUUGAAGCCCUUGUACAAUAAUGGCAAUCGUGUGAUUGGCAAUGGUGUUUGAGCACCGGCCCUUUAGGCGCUCAGUUGGCCUAUAUUAGCGGCGCAAAAAUCAUAAUUUUUUUCAGAAUUUCUUCCUUCAAGACAGCGACAUUAUCUCUUGUCUUGGAAGCCCUCUCUGCUUCGCCAUCGAGAUACACUUCUUCAGCGGAUGGGAUCUUCUCUGCAGAAGCGGACAGGAGGACUCAUCGCCUGUACAACUCAGUGCCUGCGGCAAUAAGACUCACUGCCUAUCCUGCAGUGUUCCAGUGAAGAUUCUCUCCGCCUCGCCAUCAAAGAUGCUUCUGGGUGAACGGGUUCUUUGCUUCAGAUGCUCGCCAUUAAACAACGCGGCGCUUCAGCGAGACACCACCCUCUUCCUGCAGUGUUCCGGCAGGAGAUAUUAUAUCCUUUAUACUGAGUGUAUAUAUAUAUAUAUAUAUAUAUAUAUAUAUAUAUAUAUAUAUAUAUAUAUAUAUAUAUAUAUAUAUACACAGUUGUGCUCAAAAGUUUGCAUACCCUUGGAGAAUUGGUAAUAUAUGUACCAUUUUUAAAGAAAACAUGAGUGAGCAGGCAAAACACAUUUAUUUUAUUUCUUAUGGGAUUCAUAUUCAACUGUAGGUUAUAACAGAAUGGCACAAUCAUAAAACAAAACAUGGCAACAGUGAAAAAAAUGAAAUGACCCCUGUUCAAAAGUCUGCUUACCCUUAGUUCUUAAUACUGUGUAUUGCUCCCUUUAGCAUCAAUGACAGCAUGCAGUCUUUUGUAAUAGUUGUCUAUGAGGCCCCAAAUUCUUGCAGGUGGUAUAGCUGCAAAAUGCCUCCAGGUCAUGCAAAGUCUUUGGUCGUCUUGCAUGAACCGCACGUUUGAGAUCUCCCCAGAGUGGCUCGAUGAUAUUAAGGUCAUGAGACUGUGAUGGCCACUCCAGAACCUUCACCUUUUUCUGCUGUAACCACUGGAGGGUUAACUUGGCCUUGUGCUUAGGGUCAUUGUCAUGCUGGAAAGUCCAAGAGCGUCCCAUGCGCAGCUUUCGUGCAGAAGAAUGUAAAUUGUCUGCCAGUAUUUUCUGUUAACAUGCUGCAUUCAUCUUGCCAUCAAUUUUCACAAGAUUCCCCGUGCCUUUAGAGCUCACACACCCCCAAAACAUCAGUGAGCCACCACCGUGCUUCACAGUGAGGAUGGUAUUCUUUGCACUAUAGGCCUUGUUGACCCCUCUCCAAACAUAGCGCUUACGGUUGUGACCAUAAAGCUCUAUUUUGGUCUCGUCACUCCAAAUGACAGUGUGCCAGAAGCUGUGAGGCAUGUCAAGGUGUUGUUGGGUAUAUUGUAACCGGGAUUUUUUUGUGGCAUUGGUGCAGUAAAGGCUUCUUUCUGGCAACUCGACCAUGCUCGACUCAUUUUUGUUCAAGUAUCGUCAUAUUGUGCUCCUUGAAACAACCACACCGUCUUUUUCCAGAGCAGCCUGUAUUUCUCCUGAGGUUGUAGGUUUUUCUUUGUAUCCCGAACAAUUCUUCUGGCAGGUGUGGCUGAAAUCUUUGUUGGUCUACCUGACCUUGGCUUGGUAUCAAGGGAUCCCUGAAUUUUCCACUUCUUAAUAAGUGAUUGAACAGUAAUGACUGGCAUUUUUAAGGCUUUGGAUAUCUUUUUUAUAUCCUAUUUAUACACAGGCACUAAUUGCAAUUUAAAAAGACACAGGUGUGGGAAAUUAAACUUUAAUUGCCAUUUAAACCUGUGUGUGUCACCUUGUGUGUCUGUAACAAGGCCAAACAUUCAAGGGUAUGUAAACUUUUGAUCAGGGCCAUUUGGGUGAUUUCUGUUAUCAUUAUGAUUUAAAAAGGAGCCAAACAACUAUGUGAUAAUAAAUGGCUUCAUAUGAUCACUAUCCUUAAAUAAAAGACAGUUUUUUUUGUAUUAUCAGUCAUAUUUUCAAAAUCAAUGCCAAAAUUUCACAAUUUCUGGUUAUGCAAACUUUUGAGCACAACAGUGUAUAUAUAUAUAUACAUGUAUGUAUGUAUGUGUUACUAUACCAUAAAAAGAGCCACGUGUAUGCAUCGCGUUUUGAGGGACGAUGCCACCCUCCCGUGCCCUCCCACCCGCCGCUUUUGUGUUAAAUCCUGAGGGACCACAUGAGGAGACACGGUGGGGCCGCAAGGUUGAGAUGGAUGAAUUCGAGGAAGAUCUCGCACCAGCGCAACCCCUUCGGGCCCCCCCGAUCAUCUUUUGUAGCAUCCUCACCAGUACAGUAUACACGUGAUGAUCUCCGGCCCUCUAUCGGAGUGCAUGGCCUUAUUACGUUUGGCUGAUCUGACAUCGGGGGUGAUGCCAUGUCCUUGCAGCUGCUCUGACUUCGCCAUAGACAGCUGAGCCUUCGGUGAAGCCAGACACACAUAAAUUCACGCUGUUCAUUUCCCCUCCCUACCAGAGUUCGCCGGGAGGCUACACAUAUAUGUUGUUUCUGUGUGUUGUGUCCAUAGAAACAAUGUUCACUCUCCCUCCCCACCGGAGUUCGCCAGGAGGUUACACAAGUUGUUUCUGUGUGCUGUGUUUACAUAGACAAUUUUCUCACCAAAAAAAAACAAAAACGAAAUGACUCCCUAGGCUUGAAGGCUUUUCAUUCCAACAUAGUGAAUCACCACGUUCUGAUUCGUUCUGACAAUAUGACAGUAGUGGCGUGCAUAAAUCGCCAGGGUGGAACUCGUUCGCUCCCAAUGAUGAGCCUGGCACAGCAUCUUCUCCUGUGGAGCGGGCACCAUCUCUUCCUGCGAGCGACAUUAAUCGGGCUGCCUGAACUGCGGAGCGGAUAUGCAGCUGCACCAAGGAGCGAUGUCAGGGGAAUGGAGACUUCAUCCUCAUAUGGUCCUGAGGUUUUGAUAAGUAUCUGGCAAAGUGGAAGUCGACCUAUUUGCCUCUGUGGAAAAUGCUGUCCCCUCUGGUACUCAUGUUCCAAGCCCCAUUGGGGGUGGACGCCUUGGCACACAAAUGUCCUGUGAAACGCAAGUAACCUUUCCCCGGUACACCUCCUCCAUUCUGUUAUCUGCAGAGUCCGAGAGAACAAGGAAAUGGUUCUGUUGGUUGUGCCGAAAUGGCCCAAUCAAUCCUGGUUUCAGUAGAUGAUGGAGAUACUGGACAGCCCUCUGAGGAAGGACCUCCUCUCUCAAGCAUAGGGCAUCCCCAGCCGGAACUGUGGAACAUACACGUGUGGCCCCUGAACAGAGCACGUUGAACGUACCAGAAUCAGCUCAGUCGGUAAUUAACACCAUCUUGCAGGCUAGAGCUCUGUCCACGAGACACCUCUAUGCACUGAAAAGGCGUGUAUUUGCAAAUUGGUGCUCUUCGAGUGGCAAAGACCCAGUGAAUUGCUCCAUAGCUGAGAUCCUUACAUUCUUUCAAGAGCAGCUGAUCAUAGGUCUUACCCCGUCAACACUUAAGAUUUAUGUAGCGACUAUGUCGGCAUAUCACACCCAGAUGCUGGCUCCUCUAUAGGCAGACAUGACCUAGUCAUAAAGUUUCUUAGGGGAGCAAAGCGCUUAAACACCCCUCACCCUGCUACAGGCCUAAUUUGGGAUUUAAAUCUGGUGCUGAAUGCACUCACGAGCCCCCCGUUCGAAACAUAAGAAUCUGUUGAGUUGCGUGUGCUUUCUCUAAAGACCGCACUCUUGUUGGCUCUGGCCUCAGUUAAACGGGUGGGUGAUACUAUAUGUAGGCGCUGUUGGUUGACAGCUCCUGACUGGAAUUUGGGCUGGGUCUUUCAAAAGCCACCAUCAAACCCGGAAAAGGCUAUGCGCCUAAGGUUCGAUCCACACCCUUCAGAGCUCAGGUGGUCCGCCUACAAGCCUUCUUUCCCCCACCGUUUAAUUCGGAUGAGGUGCAGUCGAUGUAUUUGCUAUGCCCUGUGCGGGCAGUACACACAUACGUGGAGUGCACCCUCUAGUUUAGGCUGUCGGAUCAGCUCUUUGUGGAUGCUCAAAAUGCAUGUCUGUUUCCAAGCAAAGGCUCUCUCACUGGCUCAUUUAUGCAAUCGCCCUCGCUUAUGAAUCACAUGGCGAGAGAUGCCCUAUUGGUGUGAAAACACAUUUACCUAGUGGUAUGGCCUCUUCAUGGGCAUGGACAAAUGGUGUGUCCUCGCAGGACAUCUGUUUUGCAGCAGGUUGGUCUUCACAAAGCAUGUUCGCUAGGUUUUACAACCUAGAUGUGGUGUCCAUCUCUUCACAAGUCCUCUCUGUUUAGAGCGCUUAAUGUUCCAACACUCAGCAGGUGAGCCCAAGCCCUUUUAUUAUGGACAGGCUACCUGAUAUAUGUACAACUCUGGAAAAAAUUAAGAGACCACUGCAAAAUUAUCAGUUUCUACUUGUAGGUAUGUGUUUGAGUAAAAUUAACAUUUUUGUUUUAUUCUAUAAAGUGCUGACUUUCCUCCCAAAUUCCAAAUAAAAACAUUGUCAUUUAGAGACUUUAUUUGCAGAAAAUGACAACUGGUCAAAAUAAUAAAAAAGAUGCAGUGCUUUCAGAUCUCGAAUAAUGCAAAGAAAGCUAAUUCAUAUUCAUUUUUAAACAACACAAUACUAAUGUUUUAACUUAGGAAGAGUUCAGAAAUCAGUAUUUAGGGGAAUAACCCUGAUUUUCAAUCACAGCUUUCUACCAGUCUUUCACAGUGCUGUUGGGUGACUUUAUGCCACUCCUGGCGCAAAAAUUCAAGCAGCUGCCCGAUUCCAGCCCCUGCAACGAAUCUGCCUGAUUCCAGCCUUGCUGAAGCACCCCAAGAUCAUCACCAGUCUUCCACCAAAUUUCACAGUGGGUGCGAGACAAUGUGGCUUGAAGUCCUCUCCAGGUCUCUGUCUAACCAUUAGCCAACCAGGUGGAGGAUCGAUGAUGAUGCACUCUCGUCCCUCAGUCAGAAAAUUCUGAAGAAAUGGUGAUUUUGUGCCUGCUUACGUAGGCCAACUGCGCGCCUAAUGGGCCUGGGCUCAAACAGCAUUGCCAAUCACAGGAUUGAUGUUAUUGUACAAGGGCUUCAACUAGGUCCUCGGAGGAGGAAUCACCAAAGCGAUUUCUCGCAAUGUCUCAUUCCCUUCAUCUCAGGGAACCGAGGUUACAUGUGUAACCGGAGACGUUAUCAGACCAUGUCUGAAAAUAAAUAAACAAGUGUAAUACCAUGGUGCUUUUUGUGAGAAAUGUAACAGAAUUGGCUGUUAUUUAUGGUAAAGGAGAAAAAUGAAAAAAAAAAUAAAAUAAAAUUAUACAUUAUUUA